AUGCCAAUGUUUAUAUCGUCAAACAAACCAAAGUUUUCAUUUGAUUUAACUAUCAAUGAACUUACAAAUAUCCCAGAAAUAAGUGGUUCUUGUUUUAUUGAAUUACAAAUUAGAGAUGCUAAACGAAAAAUCCCACAUUUAUCAAGAUCAACCAUCAGUAAACAACGAUCUACAAUAAAGAAGACCGAUGAUGCAUCAGUUUCAACUUCAAUGAAUGGAAGCACAAGUUCUACAUCAUCUACUGCAAAUAAUAAUUCUUCAUCAAUACAUGACACUUCAAUUGCGAAUACUUCCAGUUCAGGGAAUAUUUCUUCAACUACAUCAAGAAAGAAAUUGCAUAAUUUUAAAUGUAUAUUUAACUAUAAAUUAUCAUGCAAUUUGAAAUUCGGAGUGAAAAAGAAAAAGAAUCUAAUUGCAAACAAGUAUCUAUUACUUAAAAUAUUUUAUGUAAGUGAAAUUGAACGUCAUAGUCAUCACCAUCAUCAUCAAAGUAAUCUGGAGAAUGGUUCAUCGACAGGUUCGUCAAAAACCCAUACUCAAAUAACCGAAUUAGGAAGAUUAGAUAUCAAUUUAGCAGAAUAUUUAAACUUUGAUGAACCAGUAACUACAAAAUAUCUAUUAAAUGAAUCCAAAGUAAAUUCCAUAUUAAGUUUAACAAUCGAUUUAAAUGAAUUACCACCCACAUUUGAUUUUCAUACCCUGUUACAAAUUAAAGACAACAUCAGUUCAACAACUCCCGUAUCUUCAACCAGAACCAAACGAUCAAACACAUCAUCAUUAUCCAGAACAGGCAACACCACCACCCCAACCACAACAACCGCCCUCAAACGAAACACUUUCAAUAUCCCCCAAUUUGAACGAAAACAUGUCUUUGGAGGAAUCACCAACGUAUUUGGACAAAAUGGAACCUUUUCCCAACAGCAACAACAACAACAACCGCUUUCAAAUGGCAGUGGUGGUAGUGGUGUCGUUUCUCCUCCAGCAAGUCCCAGUCUCCGCCCCGCAGCCGCUAGUUCAACGGCAUAUCUGCCCAUUUCUUCCCGGGCAUCAAUUGAUGAACAAAUAGCAGCACCUAGUAAUAGAUUACCCCAAGUGAAUACCGAUAUAGCAAUGGAUGGAGUACCUGUCGUGACGACGGCGCCUGUAAAACAACAAAUUAUGGUUGAUCCAUUGAUUAGUCAUUUAUAUUGUAAAGUAUUGGAAAGUAAUUGGGAUCCUGAACUUUCUAAAUUGUUAGAAUAUACUCCUGAACAAUGCAUAAAUGAUAUUUUUGAAUCUAAUACGAAUCCAAAUGGAAUAAAUCAGAAGCUUAAAGCUCAUUAUGAUGAAUAUGUGAAGACCGGGAAUGAUGGGAGACUAGCUGGAGGGAGUGGCAGUGGCAGCGUAAGUGGUGGUGGGCCCGUUGGUGGUGGUGAUGAUGAUGAUGAGAAUACUCGAGAAUUGAAUGGGUUGAUUAGUGAACUUAAAUAUCGUACUGAUUUGAAAAGUUGGAAACUAACACGAAUUCCAAGUUGA